AUGAAUAAUUCGGUUGAUCUAAAACAUACUGAAGAGAAGGCGAAAAAAUUGCAGCAGGAUCGCAAAAAAUUGCCAAUCUGGCCAUACCGGAAGCAGCUUGUUGAUGCAGUCAGGAACUGUAAUAACUGUGUGAUCAUUAGCUCCACCGGCACGGGAAAGUCCACCCAAUUACCCCAGUUUCUACUAGAUGGAGGUUUUACUUCGUCGGGGGCAAUUGCCAUAUCCCAGCCACGACGAAUAGCCGCCAUUACCGUUGCCCAGCGUGUCGCCGAGGAGUUGGGACGUGGUCCAGUGGGUGUUGGGCCAGUGGGCUACUGCGUCCGUUUUGAGGACUGCAGUGACCCCAAACGGACCCUUUUACGUUACAUGACUGAUGGCAUGCUACUGCGUGAGGCAAUACUCGACCCUCUCCUCAAACGCUACUCCGUUAUCAUCGUUGACGAGGCUCAUGAACGCAGUCUUAACACUGAGGUCCUCCUUGGAGUCGUUCUCAAUGCCAGUCGUAAACGCAGAGCGUCGUUUAACAACAAGUCUGGCACAGGUCCCUCUUCCCUAAAAACCCUCAAGGUGAGUGUAAACACACUGUUUUAUUGCUGUUGUCGUUUGUGCUCCACCUAG